CUGACGCGGACUGUGGACUGGAGUUUGUCUCCUUAAUCUAGUCUUCUAGUCUUCAUGUGCAUUGUAAAUAGUAGACGAUCAGGCAACAAGUAUAUACAAUAUUAUCUUAAAUCGUUAUCACAAGUUACAGUUUAAUUUGUUUAUCGUUGUUUAUAUUAUUUAAAUUUUGAUAUUUGUGUAAUAUUUCACUAAUAGUUUUGAUCAACGGAAAUGUUUUUAACUUUUUGAAGUUGUCACAGAGAUUAGUAAUGACUAGGGUACUAGUGUAUACUGUAAAACCGUGUUUACAUUGGGAGCAGAGUUAUCGAUCAUGAUUGCCUUACAUCUCAGCUUUUUUCGAAUAAGUGCCUUAACAUAAAGCAUUUAAAGUUCAAAUUUUUAAUUUAGUUACUACUUUUAUUAUUAAAAACGGUUAAUAUUUUUAUGGUGAGUUGAUAUGUAUAAAUUAUACUUAUUUUAAUACAAGAGUGGGAGUUGAUAUAGGUGUCACUGAUUAGUAAGUAUGGUUGUCAAGUAGUACUCGAUCUGAUUACUAACCUAAUGUAAACUGUCAGUGAGGUUAGCCUAACCUUGUAAGUAUCCCAUUUGCCAUAUUAACUCUACUAUUAGUGUAGAGUUAUUAUUAAUUUAAUAUUUUAUGUUAUGUAUACAAUAUUUAACUGAAUUUCAUUGAUAUUUUUUUUUUUCUAUACUAAAUUAUGUAGAUAUUUAUAUUAUUAUUAUUAAGUAAGGCUGUGAAUAUAAUGUUCUAUUAAUUUUUAAAAUAAUGCGUGUAAAAUACUUCAUAAUGCUUAACAGAAAAAUAAAUUACUAAAUUGCCAGCUUUUUUUUACAUUUUUGUUGUAUACGUGACUAUACAAUUGGAAAAAAAAAAUCACUAGUGUAUUAAACUAAAAUUGUUCUGUAAAUUUCCAACAAAUAUUAUAAACCAUAAUAAAAUCCCUAAAAAUGUUAAAAUAAUAAACAAAAUUAUCUAAAUAACUUAUUGGUUUACAGAUAGCUUCUUACAUUAGAAAUUCAGCAAUGAUAUUAUGUUGCAUUUAAAGACUGUGAUUAGCCUUUUCUCACCAAAUUGUGACAAAUUGAACAUUAAGUGUAAAAAUAUUUGACUUAUAAUUUAUAUAAUUAUUAAAACAAAAAUUAUAACAAGUAUAUAAAUUAUAAGUAUAAUGUAUUUCAGUACAUUAUGACAUGUUAAAUUUAAAAUAUUGAAUUUAUGUUAAUGUAUCAUCAUCUAAAAUCUGCGCCUUAUCGUAAUAGCCAUAUGGCUUUGUCUUUUAUUACAUUCCUCAUCGUAGGAUGUGACAUUCAUGAGAUGCUUGAGGUCUUGGAAAUAAGAAAUUCUUCGGCGUUAUCUAGAUCUUUUCUUCAGAGAUAUUCUUUAUACAUGUAUUAUGUCUGAACAAGUACAAGUACAUUAAUAGGGUACUUACCCUAUUAAUUUUUUUCUUUUUUAGUAUGUGUUUUAUUAUAUCCCUUUUUUCUCUUACAUCUUUUAACACUUGUUUGUUUUUCCUCAUGAUGUAGAUCUCACAUCCAUAUAACAACGCACUCCACACAAAUAUUCUAAUGAAUUUUUUCUUAGCUUCAGUGUUGAAGUGUUGGCAAUUUCUUCUUCAGAUGCUUAUUCGAGUCUGAAUGUUGGCGACUAUUCUAGCAAUGCUUUCUGGGUCUGUUGCAAUGUGAAACAACUCUGAUGAGCUAUUUCCAAACCAUACUCUUAGAUUCUGAAAUCAUAAUUUACUUCUUCUGCCAGGUCCUCUCUCUUAAUAUUUUCCCUUGUUAUAAAAUAGAUUCAAGUAUAGAAUACCUACUCUCAUUUCUCAUUAUGUGUCCUAUGUGAGUUUUUUUAUUUUAAUGGUGUUUACGAGCUCAGUUUGCUAGUUAAUAAACUGUUUUUCUUCAUGAAUGUUUGUUUAGCUAGAGAUUUUUUUUUUUUUGAUGUCAAUUGCGGUUUUAUUAUAUGUGAUUGUGUUUCUGAGAUAGUAGAAAUGUUUGACUGUGGAGCUUGGAACUGUUAAAAUGUGUGUAUAUAUAUAUAGUGUAAAAUGACUUAAAAAAAGCAUCUAAACAAAGCUAAAUAUAAGUUUCACCUUUUAAUUUGUUAUAUUUUUCAAACUUUAUAUUUAGGAAGCUAUAUUUACAAUCAAUCAGCUAAAAUAAAAAGCAGUUCCCUACAAAUUCACAGCCUUAUUAAUUCUUAAAACUUGAAAAUUGCUAUUAUUAUUUUAAAUAUUCCAGAAUAGACAUCAUGUUGAAACUAUUAGCGGAAAAUAAACUAAAAAAAAAAAUAAUACCUGGAUCUAAUAUACAAAGUACUAUUCCAAAGAUGGAGCAUUUAUUUGAUUCAUAUUCAUAUAAUUCUCACUUAGAUACACAGCAUCUGACUAGUCAUAGUGAUGGUAAAAAUUAUGUGAAUAUUAAUUUAGAAGAAGAUGAAAAUGAGGAAUAUGUAGAAGUACGUUAAGUUUAUACAAAUGUAUUUAAAUUUAUUUUUGUAUAUUUUAAUUUUAAACUUUUCAGAAAAAACUUCAAUUUUUUACAUAACUUUUGGUUAAAUUAGUGUAAUGUUAUUAUUUUUAAAAAGUCACAGAAGACAUCCUAGGAUAAUGGGGUUGGGUGCAGCCUCUCUUAUAGGUACCUAAUUUACUGUUUAUGUUAUUGUUUUUAACGAUUAACUAUUGCUAAUAAAAAAACCAAUUUGAGCGGAGUUUAAUUGAUAGUGAUGCUUUGUCAACAAUAUAUGUCAUAUAAUGGUAAAAUAAUUAAAUAAGCAUUAUGUAUUAUCUUUAAUAAUAUUGGUUUUAUGUACAGAUUUUCCCGUUUUUCCUAUGUUUUCCCAUGUUUUUUCACGGUUUUUCAUAUUUGAUGAGAAAACUCUUGAGAAAAUUGUAAAAAAACCUUCCCAAAGUACCUCCUCACAUCAUGUGUUACAUGUAAAAAUUGAAGCAAGUUCUCUGGUAGAAAAGUUGUCCACAGAAAAAAAAAAAAUUAACAUCUUUGUAAAACCAUAAGCAUCUUUGCUCUAUUUAGAAUCUAAAAAAGAUGUUCAAAGUUUUAAUACAAAUAUUUUUUCAUCAUCAUCAUUAUCACAUAGCUUUAUAAUUCUGCGAGAGCUUAGUAGAUACUGUUAGAGCUCUCCAACUUCCACAGUUCUGGAUCAUUUUCUCUCAAUCCAUACCUUCCAAUCUCUCUAAGUCUUAAUGUAUGUCAUAUAUUUACCAUUUCUUUAAUCUCCUUCUGGUUGCCAUUAAAUAGCUGCUCCAGCUGUUACCUCUUUGCUUUAUAUUUCCAGACCGCUUUAAUCUUUGACUCUUCACAUAACUAGUAACUGCAAGUAUUUUUGUGAGUUCUCUUUGCGUUCUUUCUUCUUUGCUAGCAGUUCAGCAUGGUAUCAUUUAUGUAUCCGCAUAUUGUUCUUACUAAGAACUUCUUAGUGCUUUGUUUUCAAAGGCCCUUCGUUUAUUUUCGACUCAUAUUGUAAUUUCUGGUUUUACUAUUGCCGUAUACAGGCGUAUUUUUGUACUACUAGAGAAGAGCUUCAUAUUUACCUAGUAUUUACCAAUCAGAUAUUUAUUUUAUUUAUUAGUUAUUAUGAUUCCUAAACCAAACAAUUUACCUAAGCUGAUACACAUUUUCUAAAAUAUUACUUGCAAAAAAAGAUAUAUCGUCUGUCUAUUCUAAUAUAAAUAAUAAUUGACUGUUCACAAAAAAAAAAAAAAAAAUGAGGACUACAGUCUUUUCAAUUCAAGUAAUGAUUAUAAUUAAAUAUUUUAGUAUAAUAUGUACAGAAUAAAGUUAAUAAUAUUAUAAAAUCUGUAUGUAACAAAAGACUUUUUUAGAGAAUUGUUGUUUAUAUUGAUUUAUUUUCAUUUUUUAGUUGUCAAGAAAAGCUUUACCCAAUUCAAAUAUGAGUUGUAUUGACAGUCUUACUAAUUAUUCAUCAUCAAUAGUAGAUCUUAAAGAUUUAAAUUUUGAUGAACAAAAAAUUUGUGAUAAUUAUAUAUACAAGGAUCCAUCACAUGCUUCAAAUAAUUUAGAAAUUGCUAGACAUAAAUUUAAGGUAGUUAUAAAUUUAUUUUUAAAUUUAUGUACACUUUACUUGUUAUCAACCAUAUUUGUUAGGAAAAAAAUGUAUAACUAUAACAAUAUAUUUGGUUGCAUGUUGUAGUUUUUAAUAUUAAAAUAAAAAAAAAUUGUUGUAGGGAAUAGUUUUAUGUAAAUUAAUACAAAUUUAAUUAACAUUUAUAAAUUUUAUAAAUACAUAUUAUUUUUAGUAAUUUUUUUGGCAUUAUUCAAUAUUAUAAAAUGUCGGAUAAUAUGUAUAAAUAAUUUAUUUUGAAAUGAUUUAACAUUUUUUUUUUCAAUUCUUAAUAUAAUUCUAAGCGAGGUAAAAAAUGAACUGGUAAUAAUUACUAUGGUGUUUAGGAAAGUUUUAAUAUUAUAGCCAUUUGACGUUUGUUUUUUUUUUUAGUUUUACUCAAAUAACUAUUUUUUUUCUUCUAAAAGUUAACUUAUACAAAAAAUAUCUUGGGAUAAAACUUCAAAGUUUUUUCUCUUAUUCUCUAAAGUGGUUGAGCAUAACAAAUAGAGGGAGAGUUUGAUUGUUAUUUUUGUAUAACCUUCGAGCUAGCGAUUCAUUAUCUAAAAUAAGAGCAGACGUGCAUUGUAAAUUUUACAACAGCUCUGAUAUGUUGUGAUAAUCAUACACAUAUUAUCAAAUAUUAAAUCAGGUUAGAAAUUGAGAUUAGGUGAACAAGUUGUCCAUCCACCAACCCUUGUAAGGGGGAAUAAAGAAGAUCGUGCAUAGCCACCAAACCCCACAGCUGCAAUUGAGGGUUAUCAAAAAAAAUAAAUAAAAUGUUUGAUUAAAUCCACGAAUUUUCUUGUUAUGAAUACGGUAAGCUCAGAAAUGAAAUUCUUUUUUUUGUUCAGAUUUUAACUCUUUAUAAAUUGUGUUUAAAAAUCAAUUAAUUAAAAGUAUUCAAAAGGAUCGGUAUUGGCGAGAAUCAAAUGUGUCUUACCCAGUUUCUGGUUUAAGUUAGGUAAUUAUGUAUUAUCUAUGAUUAGUAUUAUCUAUCCUGGUAACAUAAGUAUGCAUAAUAUUUGGGAAGAAACGUUUCAAUUCGCACCAAAACUGAUCUUAUUAAACUAGUUAAAUUUUUAAAAAAUCAUAAGUCCUAAAAUAAUGAAGAAGAAAAAAGCUAGUUUUUCAAUCAGACAAAAUUAUAGAAUUAAGGAAAAAUGUCAACAACCCCCAUUAAAAAAAAAAAAGUUUGCAAAGCCAGUUGGUAUAGUGAGCUGCAAUCUACAUACAUAUUACCAAAAUGCGUUUUUAUGUUUUUAAAUAGUACAUUUUUGCCAUACAUUUUUUGAUAAAGGUCUCCCUAUUCAAAUAUUUUCAGAAUCGUCAUCGAAAAAAUUAAAGAAAAAAAGUUACUUAUUAAAAUAGUUGUUUCAUAACAUUGAUUUUUUGAUAUGGUAUUAUUUUUCUGUCUGAAGAAUUUUUUGACUAUACUCCAUGUUACAAGAGAAUUAAUAAAGUGGCGGACCAAAACUUGUGUAUUUUCGCACAUAUUCACUACAAAACAUGAUUAACUGACAACUCCCACAAAACACAUUGACACUGUUGGAGUGCGUUUGAAUGAGCGUUCUCUUGUAGCAUGAACUAUAGUAAACAUAGAAUCAGAAAAAAUUUCUCAAAGUAUAAAGUAUUUUUUUAUCUUGUUUGGGUGGUUAAUUUUUAAAAUUUCUUGCACUUUACCUAGUAAUAAUGAAAACUUAAAAAACUGUCAGAUAAACAACGGUCUUUAUAUAACACUAUUGAAUUCAGUUUUUUAUUUAUAUAUGUUAUAGUUAAUUUGUAAAAUUAAUUAAUGUUGUUAUAAUUAUUCUUGAUCAAUUGUGUGAUGUUAGUUUAACCAUAUAUAGGUCGUGUGCCUUAAUAGAGUGUCUGUAAUCGCUUAGAUAACAUUUUUUUUUUUUUAUUGAGUUUUAAGUCUAUAUUGACGAUAUAAAUUAUAAUUAUAUACUAUGUACAUAUUGACAAAUACAUUUAGAUAAAGAGAAAAUAUAUAUUUUAUUUUUUAUUUCAGAAUAUGAAUUUUAACUUAAAUGAGAAUAAAUAACAGGUUAUAUAAGUAUCUUUUCAAUUUUCAAAAGAGUUUCAAAUAUUAUAUGAUGUACCCCAGGGCUCUCACCCUUAGGUCACCUUUACUAUUCUUAUUAUUCAUAAAUGAUCUACUUCAAAUUUUUAGUCACAACGUAAAAGCUCUACUUUUUGCUGAUUAUGCAAAGUUUUACAUUCAAAUUAUUCGACUUAUGACUCAAUCAACUUGCAAAAUAACAUGGAUACAUUUUUAAUUUGGAGUAAAAAUAAUUUUUUACCUCUAAAUAUAGAGAAAUGUCUUUUUCUCUCGUAAAAAUUUUAUUACUUACAAUUACUCAUUGGAUAAUAUAAUCUUAAACAUAGCUUAUACGGUAAAAAACCUUGGUGUUCAUUUUUGUUCUGACUUUUCCUUUAAACUAAAUCAUGAAUAUAUGACAAGAAAAGCUUAUAAAAUGUUGGGCUUCAUAAAUCGGAACUCAAAAAUUUAAAAAUUCCACUACAAUAAAAACAAUUUAUUGUUCUCUUGUACAAUCUGUUCUUGAAUUUGCCUCAGUUGUUUGGAGUCAAUCCUUAUCCUCCCAUAUUCAUGACCUUGAUAAUAUUCAAAUUAAAAAAAUUGCCUAUAUGAACAACUUACCCAUUUAUAAACUCUAUUAUUCUGAUUCAAAAUUUAGUUAAUUUAGACUCUCUUCUACUAAGAAGAAUGCUAUUAUGUUUGUAUACAAUUUAUUAAAUUGCAAUAUUGUAUGUCCUGAGCUUUUAGCCUCAUUUUCCGUAUUCCCUCCUACUAUUUGAGAAAUCAUGAUCUUUUUGCCAUCCCACACUUUAAGUCCAAAUCAGGUAAUGACUCCUUUUUUGUUAGAGUUCUGAAACUAGCUAAUUCAGUCUCCACUGCCUUAGAUUUCUUAAAUACAACUCGUGAUAUUUUUAGAUUUAAGUCUAUUUUAUUUAAAAAAAAAAAAAAAAGCAAUAUAAAUUUAAUAAGUCCUAGCAUAUCAAUUUUUUCUUUAAUAUUUAUUUACUUAUAUUUCUUUGUAUUUUUGUUUGCUUUGCUUGUUUUCUUGUUGGAGAUUAAUUUCUACCUAUCAACUAUAAAUUUAUAAACUUAUAUACUUUCUUAAACUAUUUGUAUACAUAAUAUUUUUCUCUUUUUUUGUAUGUUUUUAUUUUUUUACACAAUUGGUCAUUAUACUACACUCUAUAAUGUAAAAGGGCUAGCUGAAGCCCCGUUGAAUUCAAAAUAAAUAAAUACUAAUUUAUUAGAAUUUUUGGAUGGAUUACAAUAAUAAUCCACGUGACACAUGCAGGGUUAAUACUUUAGAUUAUUGGCUUAUUACAGUAAAAGUAUUGUCUGUGUUCUGUAUGUUGGUUUUUUUUUUUUUUUUGAUAUUUUAAAUCAUAAGCCAGAUUCAAUAAUUUUUAACUGUAGUAUUUCACAUAUUUGUAACUCGCUCGAAAAUUAAAAUAUCGAGAACAAAAAAACUGACAAAUUUCUUACCUUUAAAUUUGAUAAUAUGCUAAUAUACUCUAAUAUUAAAACUAAUAGUACAAAAUUGGUUUUAAUACACAAUAAGUAUAAAUAGAAAAACAUUAAUUAUAACAUAUAUCUUAAGAAAUUCUGGAAACUUAACAUUUAACCAAAUAUGUUUAACAUUUUUUAAAAGUAAUGUAAUUUCUAAGUUUUAGUAUUUUUUUCUCAUUUCAAUUUAUCUUAAGCUAUUUUAAAUAAAUUUACAUUUUUACACAUAAAUGUCAAAAAUUGAGUAUAAAGAAUAACAAGUGUAACAAUAGAGAUACUAAAGAAAAAAAAAGCAUAAGUUUAUAAUUCUAUGAAAUCAAUCACUCCUUGUCCUAAUUUCUUAUGUACAACAGUACAGGUCUACUCUUGUGUGAAUAAAUUGUGGAGCUUUACGCAAUACCAUGGUAUUUUUUGUCCUAGUUCAUCAAUGGAAUCUUCCAUUGCACUAUCUAAAUGAGAGCAAGUGUAUCAGUGUAUUAAAUUACAAAAAUUAUUUACACAAUUUAUAAUAUAGUUAAGUUCAAAAUAAUAUAUCAUGAAAUAUAAACAUGUUUAUAUCAUACAUUUGUUCUAAAACAUCAUUUUUUUUCAUUUAUUUAUUUGUUAUAUGUUGAAAAUAAUAGUUUCCCCUCAAUGAAAGAUAAUACAAUUCUUGGUUUUACUGUAAAAUUAUUGCCUGUUAUGUUAAUGAGGAGAAGUAUUAUUGUCUGUGUCCAAUAUAGAUAGGUUAAAUUACCUAUAUCUUUGCUAGGACCUUAUUAUCUAAUCCAUUAAUAUAUAAAUCACUGUAGUAUGUGGAACAUAGGAAGGGGCAAAAUACAAACUACUAACCUCUAGUAUCUUACCUUUUUUUAAAAAAUUGUAUUCAAAAAUUAUACUUAAGUAAUUGAUUUAUGUAUAUGUAUUUGUUUGAUUUUCUAUAGAUUGUUCAAAUAACCAAUGCUAAUUGUGUUGUUUUGAUAUCUGGUCCAACUGGAUGUGGUAAAAGUACUCAAGUUCCUCAAUUUAUUUUAGAUGACUGUAUGAAUAGAAAAAAAUUCUGUAAUAUUGUUGUUACACAACCUCGCCGCAUAGCUGCUAUAAAUGUGUGCAAGCAAGUUAACAAUGAGCGUAAUUGGAGAAAUGGACUGCUUGUUGGCUAUCAAGUAGGGCGUAAAAAAGAUUAUGACCCGAAUACAACAAAAGUGUUAUUUUGUACAACAGGAAUAUUAUUACAGAAAAUUAUUUCAGCAAAAAAUCUCAAUGAUUUUACACAUAUUAUUUUAGAUGAAGUCCAUGAAAGAACACUAGAAAUGGAUUUUUUAUUAUUAAUUAUAAAGAAAUUGUUAAAAACUAAUUCGCCAUCAACUCGGGUAAGUGAUUUAAAUUUUCUAUGUUACAUUAUUAUUAUUUAAUGUUGAAAAUUGGAUAAUAUCCUCUUUUUGUUCAGUUGAAUCAAUUUUAUGCUGUCAGUUUUAAUACUGGAGUAAAUAGCUUACUACCAAAUUUAAAGGUAAGAACAUUAUUGGUUUUUUUCCAAUAUUUUAAUUUUCAAGCGAGAUACAAAGUUUUUGUAAUUUUAAUACUUCACAUGCUCGUAUCUUACUAAAAACUUAAAAUAUUAGUAAAAAACCAAUGUAUAAACAUAAAAAUUGUUCUUACAUUUAAGUUUUAUAAUUGGCUAAUUUCCUCCAAUAUUAAAAUUAAUAGCUCAAAAUUGGUUUUGAAACAAACAUUUUAACAUUAUCCAAUGUUAGCUAAUGACAUUAGCCAUAAUAUAUUAUUUAAAUAAUGUAUUAUCUUAUUAUUAAUGCAUAAUUAUUAGGUAGUGCUGAUGUCUGCAACUGCACAAGACUUUAAGUUAUGUGACUAUUUUAGUGAUUAUUAUGGUUCCCCUUAUAAUUGUUAUGUUAAAGCUCAACAAAUUUCUAUCCCCAGAAAUCUUCAAUUUAAUGUUAGUCUACAUUAUUUGGAUGAAUUAUAUGGGUUGAUACCAUCUGUGAGUAUACACUUUUAGUACUUGAAUGUGUAUGUUAUACCAAAAUCUAAUUAAUUAUUACUUCUAACUAAUAACCAUUGUAUUUAGGUCAAUUUAAUGUGAUUAAAUACUAGGUAUUUAUUUUAAUAGUUUAUUGUUUUUCAGUUGAAUAGAAUAUGUAAAUUUUAGUAAUAGUUUUAUAUUCUAGGCCCGAGCAAUGGAAUUUAAUCGACCUCAAAUAACCAAAGCCGGGUAUGAUACUGCUAUUAAUUUAGUGAAGGGAUUUGAUGAUUUAGAAAAAGAUUAUAGCAUCAAAGCUUCUGUAUUGAUUUUUCUACCUGGUAUUUUUGAAAUUGAAGAAAUGCAUAGACUUAUGGAAUAUGCAAUAGUUUCUGAGUAAUUAUUAAUAUUUUUGAUCAUCACCAUUUAUUUUAAUUUAUUUUUGUAUAUCUAUUCAAUUUUUUAAUUACAGAAAAAUUAAAUGGAAACUUUUACCAUUACAUUCGUCGAUUACAAAUGAAGAACAGCAACGUGUUUUUGAGCAGCCAAGUGUACAUUAUCGUAAAAUUAUUUUGGCCACAAAUAUUGCAGAAAGUUCAAUAACUGUUCCAGAUGUUUCAUAUGGUAAUAACUAAUAAGUAGUGUUAAAAAAAAAAAAUCAAUUAUUCUAUUUUAUUUCAUUAUUAUAUUUUUAGUGGUGGACUUUUGUUUAAUGAAACAAUUUAAAAAUGAAUUAAAGUCAAACUAUUCCAUGUUGGUUUUGAAUUGGGCCUCAAAGAAUAAUUGUAUUCAACGAUCAGGAAGAGUGGGACGAGUUGCAGAUGGCAAAGUUUAUAGACUUGUUCCUGAACAAAUGUUUGUGGUAAUUAUUCAACACCUUACACUUUUAUUUUGUCUUAAUAUAUUUAUCUUUUAGAAAGAUUUUUCUAAAGAAGAAGUACCAGAAAUGAGUCGUUGUUCUCUUAGUCGUAUUGUAUUAAUGUCUAAAAUAUUAGACAUGGGAACACCAAAAUUACUUCUGUCAUGUGCAAUGGAUCCACCAGAUUUAAAAAAUAUUAUUCAUACAAUAAUGAAUCUUAAACAGGUUACUUUUUACAUUUUAGUUAUAUUUAUCGUAAUAAUAUUUAAUACUAUUUCCUAGAUUUGACACAUAAAUAGUUAUGGCACUAAAUUAACUUAUUUGAUGAUGAUUAUUUUAUAAUACUAUUACAAUAAACAUAUACAGGGUGAUUGUAGAUUCUGAGUAGAGCAAAGAAGCUUAUAGUUCUAAAAAGAUGUUUAUUCUUUUUUUAUCUGUGGACAACUUUUCUACCAACAAUUUUACUCCAAUUUAUAAUGAUAGCAGUGUUUCUAGAAAAUAAAUCUGACUGGGGAGUUAUGUUAGUGAGGUAAUUUUUCGAUUUUCUCAGUUUUCUCAGCAAAUGUAAUGAAAUACGAGAAAAUCAGCACAACAUUAAACAAAUAUUGUAGAAAAUAUGUAAUGCCCAUUUAAUUAUUUUACCAUAAUAUAAUAUAUAUUGUUGACAAAGCAUCACUAUCAAUUGAAAUCUGCUUAGAAUCGUUUUUUCGUUACCAAUGGUUUAUCGUUGUUUACAGAUAUACAUUAAAUUACUUAUAAUAGUUGUUGCACCUGACCCCCAUUAUCCUAGUACAUCUUUUUUUAUCAUGAAUUAGCAAUUAUCUCAGAGGAUUUUAUGUGAAUUUGAUUUCUGUUAUUUUUAAUCAUAGAAUAGAUAGUUAUAGAUAAGCAAUCUAUUACCCUUCCCUACUUUAGACCGGAUGUCUAAACUUUAAACUGUUAUAACUCAUAAACAGUAAAUAUCAGAUUUACCAUGUGAUAUAAUGUUAUGCAUAUCAAAAUUUCUUGAAUAAUUUCUUUAAAUUGUUCAAAAGAGGUGGAGAUCCUAUUUAAAAAUCAAAAGUAUGUACUUAUAUAAGGUAUAUGGAGUCUGAGUAAAAAAUUAAAAAUGGUUUGUUUUAAAAUAAAGCUUAAAUGAUUCCACAAUGAUAGAAAAAACAGAAAUCAAAUUCACUUAAAAAAUUCCAAAAUAAUUCUUGGUUCAUGAAAAAAAAAUCACUUUGUAUAAGAGAAUCUUAUUUUUAUUUGUUGAAGUAAUUAUGAAUAAUAGUUUUAUUUCCAAUAAAUCUAGGUAGGGGCUUUAUUACCAACAGUAAAUGGAGUUAUUUCGUCUGUAGAUGGUGACAUAACGUUUAUGGGAAAAGUGAUGGCACAACUUCCUUUGGAACCUUCUAUGACAAAAUUGAUUUAUUUUGGAUAUAUUUUUAAUAUAUUAAAUGAGGCUAUAAUUAUGGGUAAUUUAUUUAAUUUUAUUAAUAAUUAGUUAUGCGUUACAUUCAGAGCUGUAACUAGAAUUUGGUAAGGCGGGCAUAGGCUAAAUAUGCAUCUCAGAAAAGGGUGGAAAAUCCAAAAUGUAAAUAUAAAAUUGUGUUCAUGCAAAUUUUUAGAAUUUAUUAUGUGGUCAGGGGCACUGAAAGGCAUUGUUACGGCUCUGGUUAUAGUAGUUAAUUUAUAUUAUAUUCACUGAAACUAAUAAAUCAUUUUAUUAAAAGUCUUAUCUGUAAGAUUGUUAUUAAAAUGUUUAAAAUAAUUUUUCCAUUUUAUAAAAUUGCCAAAAAUGACAAAAUAUCCCAAAUUAUUUCCUACUAAAGAUAUUAAAUCAAUAGAUUCCAAUAGCUAUGUUUUUUUUUCAGCAUGCGGAAUAUCCAUUAAAAGUAUAUUUAGUCAACCUUUUAAUAAACGUUUGGAAGCAUAUACACAAAAAUUAUUUUGGGCUAAUAAUUCUUGUAGUGAUCCAAUUGCAUAUAUUGCUGCAUAUGAAGUAGAUUAUUAUCAAUAAUAGAUUAUUAAUUUGAUUUUCUUGAUUUAAUGACAAUCAUAUUUUUUCAGAGUUGGCUUCAACGAAAACCUGAAUUUGAUCGUGACCGUUAUAAUGAAAAACUGUGGGCUCAAAAAAAUUAUAUACAACUGUCAGCAAUACGAGAAUUGUAUGAUUUAAUUGAUGAUGUAGUCUUUAGAUUAAAACAAAAUGUAAAAAUAUCACCAAAUUCUGGUAAUAUACAAUGGGUUAAACACGAAGAAAAAUCCAUGGCUUGUAAAGUAAAAUAUUAAUUAUUUUUUUAAAUUACGUAAUAGGUAUUCAAAAGUUUGAGCUCUUUUUUAUGUAAAUAAAAUCAUAUUUUCAUUUAAAUAAAUAAAUCAUGAUAUACAUUAAAACUUUGAUAAGUCAAAAUUCAAAGGUAAUGAAAUUUUUUUAAGGCCAUUUCCCCAGCUCCCCAAUUAAAAAAAUUCACAUUUUUUUACAUUACAUUUGUAAGUCGUUUGUUAAGGUUUAUAAUAAUAACAUUUUUGAUUUGUAAAGAAAACCAAAAAAAGUUAUUCACAUUACAAUCAAUUAUUUAACAGCAAUAAUUUUAAUUUAAUCGUAUAUACAUUUCGAUUUAAUGUGAUAUACUUCUAUUUAUCGUGGACAUUUACGUAUUUUUGUUUAUACCUUUGGGUACAGUAAAAUAUUUCUAAUAAAAAUCAUUAUUAUAAGUCGUCAUAGUUAUUUAGCCCUCCCAAUUUAAAAUGCGAAUAACUUUUUUGGUUUUCUUUACAAACAAACAUUUUAUUUUUACAAACCUUUACAAGCGAUUGUAUAUGGGAAAAAUAAUUUGACUUGUUAAGGUUUACGAGUUAUCAAGGUUUUAGGAAAAGGAUUUGAAUUCAAGAGUUUUUAAUUAUUAUAAUAUAGUGUAUAUAUGUACACAUAAUAAUAAAAAUGUGUGUUAUUUUUUAUUGUUUUAAAAUUGUAUUACUAAAAAUUCACGAGGUAAUUUCAUAUUCAUUACACCAUACACGUAUAACCAAAUUAAAUAUACAACAAUAGACACAAUAAACGCGAUCAGGUUAAAUUAUAGGACUCAAGGUUGAUUAGUCAAGUGAUUAUAAAAAUUAUCUGUCUUAAUUUUAUUCGAGUUAUCUAAAGUUUUUCUUUCGAGUUAUCGAGAUUUUUACAAGGGAAUACCAAUUAUUUUGACUUAUCGUGGUUCCACUGUAUAUAUAUAUAUAUAUAUAUAUAUAUAUAUUAUUUUUAAAGGUAAUAUUAGCAGGAGCGUUUUAUCCUAAUUACUUUAUAAGUGAAACAAGUAAUACAUAUAUGGAUAGUCAUGCGAUACUUAAAUUGUUAGAUGAGCAUGAUCCAAAUCAAACAGUUUAUUUUACGGGGUUUCCAAGUAAUCAACCCAAAGAAUUAUAUAAAGAAGCUAUAGAAAAUCUGUUUCCACACAAUUUGGUUGGAAAACCUACUGCUCAUUUUGGUUAUUCAAAGUAAGACAAUAAAUAUUGAUCCUUUUCUGACUUGUGUUAUAUAAUUAUAGACAUUUUACAUUUAUUCACAAAGUACUAUAUAAACUUAAAUGAAAAUCUUUUAUCAUUAAUUAUAAUAUUAAAAUAUAAAAUAAACUAUUUUUUACAUGUUUAUCCUUGCAUUUGAUACAUGAACUUUCUGCUGAAAAUAGCAUAAUUUUAAAAUAACAUCUUUCUAUAUUUGCGAGGACAUUGAAAAAUGCAUUGUUUUUACUAUAUGAACUUUUCUUCCAGUAAUCUAGCUCUAAUCAUCUACAAGAGAUGGUUUCAUCUUAGCCGAUUUUUUUUAUAGUGUAUUUUACAAAAUUUGAGACACUUCUGUAGCACAACACUUAUGCUACCAUUUAUAAACUCGUUUUUUCUUGUUGUUAUAACUUAAUACAAACAAUUAUUAUUUUUUUUACUUGCAGCAAAAUAUUUAUUAAAUUUCCAGUGUCUAAAUCUAUAAACACCAAUACAUAUAACUCUGAUUAUAAUGAAAACAAUGGAAAACUGUUGAUACCAGGGAAUAUUUGCUUUGGGGUAUAUGUAGCUUUAAAAAUGCAACAAUUAAGAUUUGAUUUUAAUAUACCUUUAUUGAAGUAAGUAAUUUAUUUUUAUUAUUAUUGUACAAUAUUAAUACUUACUAAAUAAUUUGUAUAAAAUAUAAAGAUUACAAACCUACAUAAACAGUUUACUAAUUAAGGUAUAGAUAUAUUUUUACUUUUUGGUUUUUAAUUUACACAAAAUACUUAUUUGAAACAAAUAUUAAAUGGUACAGCCUAUCAUAAAAUAGUUAAUAAUAACAAAUGUUAAUAGCAUUUUCUAUUUCCUGUUAUGAUUAAUAGGCCUUUAGAUGCAGAGAAAAGAGUAGUAUUAAUGUCCAAACAAAUGGCUUCUCAGAAUAUAUCUAUAGAAAAGAAAUUUCCAAUUCAAAAAUCUAUUAUUGAAGAACUAAAUACAAAAACCACUAUUGACAUUACAGUAUCAUAUGCAAGUAUCAUAUUAUUUUAUUUUUUAUUGUUUUUAAUAAUGACUCUUGUAUCUUUAAUUAGACCAUUUAUUCUUAAGUAAAACUAAAAAUAUUUUAUUUUACUUAUUAAAAAAUUGAUUAUAAUUAUUAAUGAUUAUUGGUUAAUAAUGUAAAGUGUUUUUUUUAAAUUGCUUUCAAUAUUAUACUAUGGCUAAGGAAGUUAUUCAAAAAAAGCUUUUUUAUCUGGUUGUUUUUGAAUAAAAUGGUUUUUGACCAAACUGACGUAAAAAUACUUGUAAAUUUAACUAAUUUAACUUAACUAGGGUUAUUACCAUUAAAAAUCAAAACUUACAUUUAAAAAAAAAAAAAAUUUCAAAAAACAAAAAACUGAAGAAUUUCUGUGCAGUAAAGAAAUAAAAAAUAUAUUUUUUUUAUAUAUAACUUAAACUAACAAAAAUUCUAACUAAAAUUAAAUUUUAGUCAUUAUUUGAUUUUUUUUCAUCAUUUUUGUUGAAGUUGAAUUUCUAAAUAGGUGUUUUUUGACUAUAAGUCCAGAAAAUCUGAAUUUCAUUAACAGUUUAGUGCUGUAAUCAAGUUUUUUUUCUUGGGUGGAGAGAGUAAAUUUUUGAUUUUUCUCAGCAAAUUUGAAAAAUAGGAAAAACUACAAUAUUAAAGUAUUUACAAUUAUGCUCAGAAUCGUUGUUAGCAAUGGUUUAUCAUUGCUUACAGAUGUACAUUAAAUUCCCUUUUAUAUCCUACCAUCUCGAUUUUCCCCUACAAUAGUGGCUCACCUGUACCCAUUAUCCUAGGAUAGCAUUUUUAUUCAUGCAAAUAAUUUGUCAGUUUUAUGAUGUGUUUCUUAAGUUGUUUAGUGAUAUUUGAUUAUGCAUAUUUAAAAUCAGCACCAAAUUAUUUUUUUAUUGGGGUAAUUAGUUUACCCAUGUACAAAAUACUUACCAGAUACCUUGUAUUUUAUUAAGGGUUAAGAGGAUUAAAAAAACACCAUGGUUUUAAAUUAUUACUGGGUGUUUUAUAUGUUUUAAUUUAUCUAUAAUUAAUCAUAAAUUAUUAGUAUUAAAAUUUAGUAAAUUAUUUUAUAGUUUCAAUCUGUUGGUUGUUUUUGGGCUCAACUUGUUGAUCAAAAUAAUAAAGAAAAAUUACAAAAAAUGUGGAAUCUUGUUAAUGAAGUUAUUAAAAGUCUUGAAAAAGUUAAUCAUAAAGAUUUAAAUAUUGGAGACUUUUAUAUUGUAAUUUAUAAAAAUGAAAAAUAUAGAGCAAAAUUAAUUAAAUUCCUUAAUGGUAAACCAAAAAAAUAUCAGGUAUUAUUUUUGUUAAAUAUAAAUUGAUAAACUAAAUAAUUAAUUAUAAUAGCGAUAAUAUAGGUAUAUAGGUGUAUACAUCACCCAAUAGAAAAUGUUUAUUGUCUCCUGGAUACUACUGUAUCCGUACUAUAAUUAUAAGUAUAUAAAUUUUACAGUAUCAGAUAUAUAUAUCUAUGUAUCUAGACAUGGACAUAUAUGUAGAUUUUUUUCUGUGUUCUAGGGGAUAUACCAAAUGCAGGAUUCUAUCCAUAAGAAGUGUUAUAUUUUGCUAUCGAGUGGCGUAUUUAUUCACAAUAACCAAAUUAAUAUAUUUUGUUUUCAGUUUUUUUUGAUAGAUUUUGGAGAAAUUAUAAAUUUGCUUAUUGAAAAUAUAUUUAGUAUUCUAAAUGAAGAUGACAGAGGAAGAGUUUAUUCUUUUCCCACAUUAGCUUUCCAAUGUAAAAUCGCUAAAAUACGCCCUAUGUUACAUGGUCAAAUUAAUAGCAAUUGGUCUGAUAAAGCUAAUUCUGUGUUUAUUAAUUAUGGAAUUUAUACAAAACAAUUGCGUGGAACUGUAAGCUUAACUUCUAAAAUAAUAAAUAUUUUUACUAUCAAUUUUAUUGUUUACUAAUUUACAUUCUUUGUCAAAUAUUUGUUAUAAUUCUAAUAAUCUUUAAUAUUUUAGAUUUAUUCUUUAGUGAAUGGUGUUGUAUCAUUUGAAAAUCUAUAUUAUUUUGAUGGAAACAAUUUUAAUUCAAUUCCAGAAAAUUUGAUUUAUAAGAACUUGGCUAGUCAAACUGAAGAAACAUUUACUUCAAAAGUAAUAGUUAUAAUUUGUAAUUGUAAUGUAUUAAGUAUAAUUAACUAAUUAGAUUAUUAUUUCUUUUAUGUAUAGAAUUUAUUUAAUAUUUGGGAAUUAUAUAUUUAUACUAUAUUAUAAUCAAUAAAAAAAUUUGGGCCAAUCAGUGUAAAUCUGAAAAUUUUUUCAUUGUAAUUUUGCUUAAUUCACAAUUUAUUUGCUAUUUGUAAAAAGGCUAAAAUUGGGAGUAAAAAAAGAUUUGAAUAUCUGUUAUAGUUUUGAAAUAGAAUAAGUUAAAUUCUCUUCUACCUUAUCUGCACCUCUUUCUUGUUUUCUUUGUUCUAACUUGUAGUUAAUAGUGAUUUUUGCCCAUUACGGUCUUAUGAAGGGUUUUGUUAAAAUUGUCUCCAUCUAAUACUGUAAUUUUAAAGUUUCUAAGCUGUAAAAUAGAAGUGUUUCUUUUUCGUGGUUUUUUUUACAUAAAUUAUAGGUAAAAAAAUUAAAUUAUAUAAACAAAAUGAGGGACCAUUUGAAUGUUCACAUUUACCCCAGGACAGAUAUUUCAUAGGAGAAAUGUGAACUAAUAAAAUAUAAGACAUAUAUUACUUAAUGAAAUAUUUUAGUUUACAUCAAUUAGAUACGGAAAAAAGAAAUGUUAAACUUAAAAUUAACACAGAUUUAAUAAAAAUUAUUUUAAUGCUUUUAUUUAUCCAUUAAUAAUUCACUUAGAAUUUUCAAAUAGCGAACAACAAAAUAUUUGCAUGAUAUGCAAUCAGCAGAUACACUGAUGUCCAGUAUUUACCACUUUCAAAUUCUUGCUAUCAGUUAUUUUGUGAACGUUUUUUAACAUGUUCAUAUUUACCCUUUUACCUUGACUGGCCCUAAAUUUAUUAACUUAACCUUAUAAAUACAGUUGACUUAAUAGAUAAUUGUUAUUAUUUGUUCAUUGUAUGACAUUUGUAUACUUUUUAGAUUGAUCAUGUAAAAAGAUCUAAUACUAUUAAGAAAACAAGCACCACAAGUAAUGCUCUUAAUCCAGAAUCUAAUAAUAUGUGUCUUAACCUAAAAAGUUCUUCAUAUAAUGAAUCACAUAUACAGGUAUUCUGUUUUGUAGACUGUAGUUUAAACAAUAGAAACAUUUAAGUAUAUAAUUUAUUAUCAGAUUUUAUCUGAAUAUGAAUUUUUAAUUCAAAAUCAGUCAUACAAUAUACAUUUCAUAAUACUUCAGGCAACACAUUAAUUUAUUUGUUUAUUUAUAUAUAUUUUUUAAUAGGAUUAAUCAUUUAAUAAUUUUGUUUUUUCUUUAUUAUUUAUUAUAUAUAUAUAUAUAUAUAAAGAGCUGAUACUGGGUGUGCUACUUUUAUUGGUAAAAUUUUCAGAUUUUCAAUUGGUGGGAAGUUGGUAAGGUAGGAUACAUAGUCAUAACUAAAUAUAUAGUAUGAUCACAUUUGUUUAUUCCAUAGUUUUUUAUGGAGAAAAAACUUAGCUAGCAGUAAUAUUUAUUACCAGCUAGAAUAAAAUAAAAUGGGAAUCACUGCCAGUGAUGGCCAUUGUAUCUGUGUAUUACAAACUUGUGAUCAUACCAAUAUAUUUAGCCAUGUAUAAAGUUAUGUAAUUUUUAAAUUUAAUAGACAUGCAGCGUUAAAUCAUUGCGAAAAAACUAUUUAAAUUGAAGUUUGAUUAUACAUGUUUUAAAAGGCCAUAAUAUUUAAAAAUUUGAUAUUUUUUUUUUAUUUUUUGACAACUAAAUAAUAGAAAAAAUAGUACCAAACUACUAUUUUUAUUGUAAUUUGUAAAGAACAACUUUUAUAAUUACUAUUCUUAAAAUUCUCAUUAGAAUAAGGAAACCCUCUAAUUUAAUUACUCAUCCUGAAAUUAAUUUGGAUUAUAUUUUUAUUAAAUUUUCUCUCGGCUCUUCUAAUUUCCUUAUUGGUGGUGUCUACUUUCCUCCCCAAAGUCAAUUGUGUAAAUAUAAGAACUUUAUGUCUUCUGUUAAAUCAAAUUUUUAUUCUUUCUCACAUCACCAAAAUGUUUGAGCCAUUUAUUGUUGAUUAACUUAACCUGGCCGCUCAACUAUUACAUAUACCUUAACUUUCUAUUACUUUAUAUUUAAUGCUUUCAAAUACAGUGCUCAGAUUGAUACUAUUUAUACAGAUUUUUCUAAAGUUUUUGAUUCGGUAAAUUAUGCCAUUCUAAUAGAUAUACUAUGUUUGUCGGGAAUAGGUUAUCCACUUUUAUCUUGGUUUGGUUCCUCUUAGAUAACAAACCUUAAUGGGUCAAGCUUUUCUUUUCUAACUCCUAAGUUUUCUAUGCAGUCUCUGGAGUACCACAAGGUCAUUUUUCACUUUUAUUACUUUUUAUUUAUAAAUAGUAUUCGCACCUUCCUCCAAAGCUCUAACAUUUUAUGCUUAUGGCCCCAGGAUAAUCUUGAAAGUUUCUCAUUAUAGGUUAAUACAUUUUAUUUAGAACUUAAUUUAUCUAAAUUCCAUAAAAUGAGCUUCACUAGACUUUUAUCUGGUGCUGUAAAUUCUCCCACUCUCCUCUUUUAUUAACUUUAAAAUACCAGCCCGAAGCACUCGCAAUCCAAACCCAUUUUUCAUCCCUCUUCAUACCACCAAAGAAAUGAGCCUAUAAAAGCCGCAUUAUGAUGAAACUUGCCAAUGACAGCCCCUCAUUUAAUUUAAUUUGAUUUGUAUUUGAAUUGAUGUGUAUUGCCUAUUUAAUUUGUCUUAAUAUUUUUAUUUUUUCUUAUGUUAUUAUACUAUUUUACUAACAUAUUACCAAGCAUAUUACUAUUUACUAAAAUACUUUAAUUCAGUUUUAAAAGAAUUUUAAUAAUAUUUUACAAAAAUGUACAAACCAAUUUUAAAAAUAAUAUCUUAUAUCAAUAUAUUUUAGAUAAUAAAUAAUAUCCAAAUAAUUUAUAUUUUUUAACAUAUCUUUGUUUAUUAAAAACCAAUUUUAAAUAAUCUCUCCUAUUAAAAUAAAUUAUUUCUAUGUAAAAUUACCAAUUUGUAUAAUUUUUACUAUGUAUUCCUUCAUUUAAUUUUUAAUUUGAAACUGGUCGUAUAAUACACUUAUAAUACUCCAGGCGAAACAUUAAUUUUUUAUUUUUAUAUAUAACUUUUGUAUUUUUAUAUAUAUAUACUACAAUAUUUUAUUUUUCUACUUUUAAUGUUUAUAAAAUUCCAAUCAAAUAAUAAUUAAUUCAUAGUUUUAUUUUUAAAAUUUAGCAUUGUUUAAAAGGACCAUCUAGUCCACUUAUAAGGUCAAUUCGUGGAUUCAGUUGUAAUAGUCUUAAUAAGGCGGUGAAAAUAGAAAGUCAGUCUGUUAAUUCAGUUUUAUUAGAUACUGAUCCAAAUGAUUAUCAUGAAAGGCAAGGAGACCUGUGUCCUUAGUUCAAUGUAUGAAUUAUUUAUAUUUUAUAAUAAACAUUUUAUGACUAGAUUGUUAGUUGCUGGCAAAGUGUGUAUGAAUGAAAAUCAAAAACUAACCCUUUGGGAUUCAACUAUGAUGCCGAAUAUUCCUGGAAUACCUUCUAUACUUUGUCUCAUGUUUUCGCCAUGUGUAGAAAUCAGGUAUGUUCCAUUUAAAUUAAAUAAUUAGGGUUUGCGUUUAAAAAAAAAAGAAAAAAAGAUUAAACAAACAUAGAAAACUAUAAUUUGAAAAGUCUGAUGAAAAUCGAAUCCAUUUAUCUCUUUAUCGGUCUAUAAUAAUACUAAUCUACCACAUUAUUAUUUAUUAGUUAUCACCAAUCAUCGAAACUUAAGACUAAUUGCCAAUAAGGACAAUUUUAUAAAUUUAACAAGUAUAUUUUUAUUUACAGGUAUAAUAGUUCUUAUACAAAAAUGAUAGGUGCAAUUUGUGGAUUAGGCUAUAAUCCAGACACUUUAAGACCAUUGUUUGAAGACAAUGAUAUUGAAUUAACAUUUGAUAUUGCAGUGGAUCAUAAUUUGUUGAAUAAAGUGAAUUUGAAUAUAGCAUUUUUAAUUUUAAGUUUUCACAUUAAUUGUUUUUAUUUUUCACAUUAGAUAAAUGUUUUAAGAUUACUGUUAAAUAAAUGUGUUAACCCAGAAGAUAAAGAAGGACCUGGUGAUAUUUUUCAAAUACAACAUAGUUUACAAAAUUCUUUGAUAGAGUAUGUUAUUUUAAAUUUACAUUAUUAUGAUUAAAUUGAGUUGUUCACUGAAUUUAAACUUGUUUUAUGUAGAAUAUUUAGCAUUCCUGUAAAAUUUAAAGUACAAGAGAUUGUGCCAAAAAAGUAUGUAUGGGGAAUUAUCCCAAAAUCUAGAUUACAGUCACCAUAUCAAGAAGACAGUCCUAUGAAAAAUCCAAUGGAUGGUUCUGAUGUUUAUAAACUUUUAUGGGGAGUUGUUUUAUCACCAUCUAUGUCUUCUACAGAGUGUAAAGAAAUACUACAUAACUUGUAUAAAAUCAAGAGAUUAGAAGAAAUGUAUAUAAAAAUAGUUAAUAUAAAAAUGUAAAAAUAAUAUAUAUGUAUACAAAUUUUAUUUUAGCUUUAGCAAGAACCACUUUUCUGCUGAGUCCUACACGGAUGAACUAUAUUGUCCAUUAUGUCACUUAUCAUUUUCUAACAACAAAUCAAUGCGAAUACACUUUGACAAUUAUCAGCAUAAGGAGCGUUAUACUAAUUGUAAAGAAGAAUUAAAACGUUUCUAUAGAGGACCAUCCUCAGACAUUGAACAUUUAUAAAUUGUUUUGAUGAUAGAAAAAAAUAACCUUAAGUUUUUUAUUUUUUUACUUUGUUUCAUUAAAUAAUACUGUGUAAAAAUAUUAUUAAGAAUAUAAUAGUACAAUAAAGAGUAAUUCUAUUUUUAUUUGCAUCUUAUU